AUGGAGCAGGGCCGGGAGCUGGCACGCCGUCUGUGUCCCUCGCAGCGCGCCCCCAGGAUGAACGCCAGCGGGGCAGGGGCUGGCAAUGGGAGCGCGGGGCCCCUGCGGCUGCCCACCUUCUCGCCGGCGGCGCAGGCCCGCGUGGGCAUCACGCUGGCGCUGUUCACGCUGGCGGCGGGCGGGAACGCGGCGGUGCUGCGGGCGGCCGGCGGCAGGCGGCGGGGACGGCGGUCCCAUGUGCGGGUGCUGCUGGCGCACCUGGCGGCUGCCGACCUGCUGGUGGCCGUGGUGGUGAUGCCGCUGGACGCCGGCUGGAACGUCACGGUGCAGUGGUACGCGGGCGACCUGGCCUGCCGCGCGCUCAUGUUCCUCAAGCUGCUGGCCAUGUACGCCUCGGCCUUUGUCACCGUCGUCAUCAGCCUGGACCGCCAGGCCGCCAUCCUGCGCCCGCUGGCCAUCGCCCGUGCCCGCCGCCACAACCAGCUUCUGCUGUACGGCGCCUGGCUGCUCAGCGCCACCCUCGCUGCCCCCCAGCUGUUCCUGUUCCGCACCGUGACCGUCCGCGCCGCGCAGAACUUCACGCAGUGCACGACCCACGGCAGCUUCCCGCGGCGCUGGCACGAGAUCCUCUACAACAUGCUCAGCUUCGCCGGCCUCUUCCUCCUCCCGCUGCUCAUCAUGGUCACCUGCUACGCUCGCAUCCUGCUGGAGAUCUCCCGCCGCGCCGGCACCAGCCUCUUCUCCUCCAAGGAGGCACCACUGCGGCGCUCGAGGAACAACAUCCCGCGGGCACGGCUGCGCAUGCUGCGGCUGAGCCUGGCCAUCGUGGGCUCCUUCGUGCUGUGCUGGACGCCGUACUACCUGCUGGGGCUCUGGUACUGGUUCUGCCCGCGCACCAUGGAGCGCCACGUGCCCCCCUCGCUUGCCCACCUCCUCUUCAUCUUCGGCCUCCUCAACGCCUGCCUGGACCCCCUCACCUACGGCCUCUUCACCCUGCCCCUGCGCCACCGGCCCCGAUGCUGCUGGCCCUGUGGGCAUCGCCCGCCCCCGGGGGCUGAGCCCACGUCCCCGGCCACGGGCUCCUUCCGCUGCUCGGCCUCCUCCAUCCAGGCCCGGCGGGGAGCUCCGGGCACGAGGCACGAGGCUCCCGACGCCCCGGCCGACCUGGGUCCCAGGGCCGGCAGCUUCCACAGCAGCUCCCUGUGACCGCACCCGAGGGGCCGGCCUGGGGCCCUGCUGGCAUCCAGCUCCCCGGGGUCCCCGGGGCUGGGGCACAGGGCUGGGCAAGCGGAGCCUCCUCGACCCCCAGCUCCCGGACCCCCAGCACCGGCACGAGGGGCUAAGGACAGGCCUGAGAGCCGGAGGGGAAUGCCGGGGUCCGGGCUCAGCCGUGGGGUGGGGGACCCCUGGGACAGGCAGCCUGGCGGGGCACUGAGGACGAGACAGGAUCAGGCCCGGCCGGAGGUUUUCAGGGUUAACCCUAAUCCGGCCCCGCACCCCCGUGCACAGGCUCACCCCCUCCAGCCCAGGGGUGACGGGGGCACCUGCCUUGCCACUUUUUGGAUAGACGUGGCCCCUCCCUUUACAUAAAUAUUCAUGAAAGA